CCCCAGGUAUGGCCGCCGCGGCCGGCGUGCUGUCCAAGGAGCAGCUUCUGUGCGCCAUCUGCCUGGAUGUGUUCAGCCAGCCCGUGUCCACUCCGUGCGGUCACAACUUCUGCAGGGAUUGUAUCCGGAGGUGCUGGCAGGGCGCCGGCCUGCCGCAGUGUCCCGUGUGCAAGCACAAGUUUUACAAGAAGCCCGACCUCAAAGUGAACACCUUCAUAUCAGAGGUGGCUGCUCAGUUCAAGCAGCUGGGGGAGAAGAGGGAGGGAAUCGGUGCUGCAGACCAGUCGACGAUCCCGACCACGGCGGUUUCUUGCGACGUGUGCAUUGGAAGAACGGUGAAGGCUUUUAAAUCGUGCCUGGACUGUCUGGCCUCGUUCUGCGAGACUCACCUGGAGCCCCAUCACGUCCUGGGCACCUUGAAGGAUCACAGACUGAUUAACCCCAUGAUGAACAUGCGGGAGAGGGUGUGUGAGAAGCACGAGCGCCUCCUGGAUCAGUUCUGCGUCACCGAGCAGCUGUGCGUGUGCCGUCAGUGCGUAAAGGACGACCACCGGGCGCAUCGCGUCGUUCCCAUCCAAGACGAGGGCAGAGACAGGAGGGUGCAGGUCGGGAGCGUGCAGACGCAGCUGCAGGAGAUGAUCCAGGACCGGCUGGGCAAAAUCCGCGAGAUCAACCAAGCGGUUCAGCUCAGCAGGAGAAACACAGAGAGAGAGCUGGAGGAGAGUGCACAGGUCUUCGGGAAACUGCUGCGGAUCGUGCAGCGAGGCCAGGAGGACGUGGCCGAGGUGAUCCGGGCCAAGCAGAGGCAGGUGCAAAGCAGAGCCGGGGCGGUUUUAGCUGAGAUGGAGAAGGAGAUGGAUCAGCUGAGGCGCAGGAGCGUGGAGCUGGAGUGCCUGGCGUGCAGCGAUGACGACCUCCACCUCCUCCGGAGUUUCCCAGCCGCCUCCACGGUGCCAUCAGUCCCGGACCGGUCGGACUCCUGCGUGGAACCCGCCGAGCACGUGGGCACGGUGAGGAGGGCCCUCCGGAGGGCCGCGGGCCAGCUGGAGGAGACGGCUGCGGCCGAGGUGAAGCGGCUCUGCACCGUCGAGUUCCAGCGCGCCCGUGUCCUCGCCGUGGACGUGACCCUGGACGCCGACUCGGCUCAUCCGAAACUGGUUCUGUCCGAAGACCUGAAGCAGGUCCACCACGGCGACGUGGCCGCGCCCGUCCCCGACACCCCGGGGAGGUUCUACCCGUGCGUCAGCGUUCUGGGGAGGGAGGGCUUCUCCUCGGGCCGGUUCUACUACGAGGUCCAGGUGGGGGGCAAGACGGAGUGGGACGUGGGAGUGGGACUGGAAUCCGUCAGCAGGAAAGGAGGGAACCACCUGAGCCCUGAAAGAGGGUACUGGACCCUGGGGAUGAGGGCGGGUGGGGCGUACUGGGCCCUCAGCAGCCCUCCCGUGUGUUUGCCUCUGGUGGACGCGCCCCGCGCCGUCGGCGUGUACGUGGACGUGGGUUGGGGGCAGGUUUCCUUUUACAACGCAGACUCUCGUUCACAUAUUUACACCUUCACCGGAUACUCCUUCGGGGGGAGACUUGUCCCCUACUUCAACCCCCGGAGGAACCACGGCGGGGUCAACUCUGCCCCCCUUAUCAUCUCACAUCUGGAGAUCCGACCUCCUUCUGAUGCUUCAACAAACUUGUGAUUUAAAUUUUGUAGAUAAAUCUGUUCUGUGAUGUUUGUUUGGUCCAAUAAACCUUUGUCUUCUGGGA